CAGUCUGCUAUCAGCGCUCGCAGACUCCAAUGGAAAAACGAAGAGGCGCGUGUUUCACAGCCCUGCCUGAACGCAAAACGUGGGGAGAAAAGUGGAAAAGUUGGCACUCUUUCUGAUCCAAUUGCACCUCACCGAGACUUCAUCUGUUCUCAAGAGGUGGUGGAAAAAGAAAAGAAAGCGCACUCUGAACCUGCCGUCUGGCUUGGAUUAUUUCUGCUGCGGUUGCCAGAUUUCGGGGAAUACUUUUAUAUGGCACACGCUAAUAUCCGGGCAGAUACAUGAUAUGCGUCCGUGCAUCGUCCGCACGGAGCUCUACAUCCGUCCAGCUAUCAGCAAUCCCAACUCUAGCAGGUCCCCGCAGACCUAAGCGGUCUUUACACCGGUUUCCUACCAUACAGAAUCGUGUUUUCUUAUCACCGCUGGAGGACACGCUCAACUAUGUUUGGCUGCGGUAAAGUUCUUGGGUCGCCCCGGAUUCUCAACAGAUCUACUGCUGUUCCCGGAGACCCAGGAUUAAGACAUAUAAUCAGAAACAGCGCAGGCUCAUCCUACGGUCCCCGUGCGUCCUCGCGGUUGUGUUGCGCUCUCCUGUUUCUCCUGCUCAUCCUCACACCGCGCGUGGACUCGUCCUGGUGGUAUAUUGGAGCCCUUGGUGCCCGUGUGAUCUGUGACAAUAUUCCCGGGCUGGUGAAUAAACAGAGGCAGUUGUGUCAGAAGUAUCCCGACAUCAUGCAGUCGAUUGGGGGCGGGGCUAAAGAGUGGAUUCGAGAGUGCCAGCAUCAAUUCCGUAAUCACCGCUGGAACUGCAGCGCACUGGACAGAGACCAUACCGUUUUUGGGAGAGUUAUACAGCGCAGUGAGUACUAG